ACAUUGAGCAAUGUCAAUAUCUUUAUAAUCAGGAAUCAAAGACCACCCCUCACUUUAUCUUUACUGGUUCAGUUCUUCCUACUUGCAUUACUGGGGAUCACAGCAAACCAAGGGUUUUACUUGCUGGGAUUAUACUAUGCUUCUCCAACUUUUGCUUCUGCAUUGCAAAACUCAGUUCCUGCAAUCACUUUUGUCUUGGCUUUGGCUUUAAGGCUUGAGGAAGCCAACAUCACAAGGAGAGAUGGAUUGGCAAAAGUUCUUGGAACCAUUGCUAGUGUGGGGGGUGCCACAGUAAUUACUCUUUACAAAGGUCCUCCUCUUCUUCACCUGCAGAUGGACCUAACACAAGGAGACACUUUAGAAGUAGAUCAAUCAACAAAAACGCAAAAUUGGACUUGGGGCUGCAUAUACUUGCUUGGACAUUGUCUGUCAUGGGCUGGCUGGAUAGUUUUUCAGGCUCCUGUGGUGAAGAAGUAUCCAGCAAAACUAACCCUCACUUCGUUUACAUGCUUCUUUGGAUUGAUCCAGUUCUUGAUCAUAGCAGCCUUUGCAGAAGAUGACUUGGAGAAUUGGAAGAUACAGUCACUAGAGGAGCUUUUUAUUAUCCUAUAUGCAGGAAUUAUAGCAUCUGGUGUUGUCAUAUCUCUCCAAACAUGGUGUAUUCAAAAGGGUGGUCCUGUGUUUGUUGCUGUCUUCCAGCCUGUGCAAACUAUUCUAGUUGCUGUCAUGGCAGCCCUAAUUCUUGGUGAUCAGUUAUACUCAGGAGGGCUUAUUGGUGCAAUUCUCAUUGUGCUUGGUCUAUACUUAGUCCUAUGGGGCAAAACCAACGAAAAAAAAGUGAGAGAGUCAUCACCAUCACUAACAAACCCCUUGCUUAAGGCAGAGGAAGAGAAUAAAGAAAUUGAUGCAGCUUCCAAGGACAUACCAUGACUUGUCCAUCUGUUGACAAGAACAUUAUGUCUAGUCCUGGUUUGAAUAACUACUGAUAUAUGGUCCUACUUAGUAGCAUUUCAAGUGUGCAACUUUGGAUAUAGCUGUUGAAGUAAUGGUGUUGAUGGCUAAGUUUGGUUAAGGAAUAAGCCUGCUGGUGCUUGUUUUUUUUCAUCUGAGAAGUCAUUUCAUUGACAUUUGAUUACAGGGUCAAAUAUAGUUUUCCGAUCAUGUGUCAUGUCAAUGAUACAAGCAAGACUCUUUGAGCUCUAUGUUACACUGACUAUACAUGAAUACUAUGAAUAUUGACUAUCUUUCACUUUUCAGUCUUCAGAUAUUAAAAAGAAUCUUGAGAAAUUGUCUCCAUUUUUCUUGUUUAGCUAUUAAAUCAUUUCUCCUUAUUAAUUCACAACUUCUGGAUAUCUGGACGUGGUGGAGUUUAUGCACUAUAGUUCAAGUUCAGUAUUAUUGCGUAUACAAAGUUCAAAUAUCAGUGAGGGCAUUUUAUUACUGCUAAGAGAGAGGUGUGGCAACUUGAAAUAUUGCGUGUAAUGUUCUUUCAAAUAUAAAUAAAUUUAGUAUGAUACUACUGGUGAUGAUGAUCAUAGCAGUCAGAAACAGGCCUAUUUCUAUACUGAAAACUGAGGAAGAGGUGGUCUGAUGAGAAAGCAUUGGAAUAUUGUCAAAGACUUUUAUGGUAUUUUUUAUUGAUAAUGAAUAAGGUAGAGAAUGAUAAUGAAAAUGCAACACUUCUACCAUCUACUGAAGAGGUGAACUUGAAUGUUUCUUCUUUCAGAAAUUCUG